ACUAUUAUGUCAUAAAAAUACAGUGUACAAUGUUUUUUCUUUGAAAAAAGUCAUAAAAACUGUCUACCAACCAAGUGUACAAGACAAAAAUAUCUCUUUCUUUCUCUAUCAAGAUGGGAUCGGAGAGAUUAAUGAAAUUGGCGGAGAGAUUAAGAAACUUGAAGCUGGUUGGUGAGAAGAUCGGAGCAGCAGAGAAGUUCGAAUUCAAGAGAGCUGCAGUUCUGAUUUGUAUAUUCGAAGAUGAGAAAGGAGAAUUGAGAGUAAUUCUGACCAAGAGAUCUUCAAGGCUCUCCACUAAUGCAGGGGAUGUUGCUUUGCCAGGAGGGAAGAGAGACGAGAGUGAUGCUAAUGAUACAGAGACAGCAUUGAGAGAGGCUAAGGAGGAGAUCGGAUUGGAUCCUUCGUGCGUGGACGUGGUGGCUGUUCUUGAACAAAUUGUGUUGAAGAAUGGUACUGCUGUAGUUCCAGUGAUGGGUAUAAUUUCAGACAGAAAAAAGUUCAUUCCAUCAAUUAAUGAAGAAGAAGUUGAAGAAAUGUUUGAUGCCCCUUUGGAGAUGUUUCUAAAGAAUGAAAAGAGAAGGGGAGAGGAGAAAGAAUGGAUGGGGGACAAAUACUUGCUUCAUUAUUUUGAUCAUGAGGCUGACAAUGGGAAGUUGUUUGUUAUAUGGGCUUUGACUGCCGGAAUCUUGAUCAACGCCGCCUCUAUUGUCUAUGACCGGCCACCGGACUUUCUUGAACUCAAGCCAAAGUUUUGGACCAGACAAGUUCAUUUUCAGUAGUUAGUUCAUCUCUUCUUUUCCAUUAUUCUAAUUUGAUUCUCACUAAUGAAUGAAUGAAUGAUAGUUAUUUCCUCUCGUUUCUAUUCUCAAACUCAAAAUAGGGUUAAUCUUGGAUUGGAUUGAGUUAGUUUCAUUAUUGGGUUAGAUCUGGAUAUUCUCUUCAAGAUGCUGUUUGAUAAUUUAGGAUGGUUUGUCAUUU